CCUCUACAAGUUGGCAAUAGUUUUUUCUUCCUUCUCGUUUCCAAUAAACCCCUUGACUACAGAUGUGAAGGAUUUCCAUGCAGCUAGCUCAUUUUCUUUCGGUUUGUUUUCAAAGUCGUCAUUACAAAGUAACUUUCUUAUCUGUGGGCUAGGGUACGGAAUUCGGGGAAAUGUCCAAGCGAGGAUAAAAGAAAAGGAAAAUUAAUCCGAGACGUAACCGAUUGGCCAAGCGGCUAACGAGCCAAUCAGUUGUGAAGAGGAAAGUAAAAUAAAUCAGCACCCAACAUUAAUAAAGUGCAGCGUAUUUUGAUCCAUCAUACCGAACCCUUGUCAAUUAGUGUUAUUAUUUUUUUAACCUGUCCCCAGUAGCACAUUAAGAACUCUAGUGAAACAAUUAUCAACUGCAUCAGAUAUUCUUCAAGUUGUAAUGUAUUGUCUUAAUAGACCAUUGUUAUUAUUAUUGUUUACUCUCAACCCGGAUUCAUUUCACCAACGCCAGCAUCUUUGUUUACAAUCAUUCCGUGGCAUGAUUGUGUUCCUUCAGCAGACAUUUGAGAUUGUGCUAAAUAAAACCUGAAGAAUAACUUGGUACUUUAGCCUCAUACAAACAAGAUCAUCACAACAGUUAACAGAAUUAAGAUUUUCGUCAGUGUGUGUGAAGUACGUAUUGUCAACACAUUAUAGAUCUUCACUAACUACAGUAUAAGUAUCUUAUAUAAGAGGACACUUAAUGAAUUAAAAUGCUCUGUGAUUUAGGGACACAAACUAUUGUAAGAUUUAAAUCGAACACAAAUGUGAAAAUAAAUCUGGCCAAGACUGUCACAUAACUCGAUAAGUGAAAAUAGUGAAGGUGCAGUGGUACAUAUGACAGAUUUGUAAACCUUCAUUCCAUAAAGCAAUACAACUUCACAAUGGAAGAGUGCACUCUGGACCAUCUUAAAAACUUUGAAGAAAAAUCUGAUCUUGUUAUACACAUUAGACUUCACUCUGAAGAGGAACCAAGUCAGAUAGCAGAGAGUCAUGAAACUCAAACACAGAAAGUUCAUAUUGUAUCGGAUGUUGAUGUUCGUACAAGAGAAAAACACCAAUGUUUCGAGUGUCUUAAAUAUUUUACAUCAGAAUCUGAUUUAUCAACACAUAUUCAAGGUCAUUCUAAUAAGGAAAAGCCAUUUGAGUGUUCCGAGUGUAAUAAAACAUAUGGAAGAAAAUCUCAUCUAACAAGACAUAAUAGAAUUCAUACUGGUGAAAAACCAUUCCAGUGUUUAAAGUGUCAUAAAGUCUUUGCUUGGAAAAAUCAACUGAAAGAACAUAUGAUAGUUCACACUGGACAAAAAUCAUUCAAGUGUUCAGAAUGUCACAGAAAUUUUACCCGGAAAAGUCAUCUUAAUUCUCAUAUGAAAGUUCAUACAGAUGAGAAAGCAUUCCAGUGUUCAGUGUGUGAAAAAUGUUUUGCAUGUGGAAGUCAGCUUAGAGAACAUAUGAGGAUUCAUACAAGAUAUAAAUCAUUCAUUUGCUCAGAAUGUUGUAAGGCCUUUCGAAAAAAAAGUCAUCUUAUUGCACAUAUGAAACUCCAUACAGAGGAGAGAUCAUUUCAGUGUUCAAUGUGUUCUAAGGCAUUUACAAGAAAAGAUAGCAUGGAGUUGCAUUUGAAAAUUCAUACUGGAGAGAAACCUUAUCAAUGUUCAGUGUGUUGUAAAACCUUUGCUUGGAAGAAGAGCAUGAUAUCACAUAAGACAAUUCACACAGGAGAGAAACCGUUUAACUGUUCAGUGUGUAUUAAAACCUUUGCAAGGAAGAGUGAUAUGGUUUCACAUAUGAAAAUUCAUACAGGGCAGAAACCAUAUCAGUGCUUAAAAUGUCAUAAAGGUUUUGCACAAAAAAAUGUUAUGAUAAGACAUAUGAAAAUUCAUACUGAUGAGAGGCCAUUUGAGUGUUUAGAGUGUAAUAAGGCAUUUACCUUUGAAAGUCGCUUAAAGGAUCACAUGACAGUUCACACAGGAGAGAAACCGUAUGUGUGUUGCGUGUGUUGUAAAGCCUUUUCAAGAAAAAGUGAUCUGAAUACCCAUUCAAAAAUCCAUACAGGAGAGAAGCCUUUUCAGUGUUCAGAAUGUAAUAAAGACUUUACCAAAAAAUCCGGUCUCAGAAGACACAAGGUAGUUCAUACAAAUGAAAAGCCAUUUAAGUGUUCAGAGUGUAUGAAAGACUUUAGUCAGAAAAAACUCUUAAUAUGUCACAUGAAAAAAUACCAUAAGAAGAACUUGUUGCUCACGUCCUCACAGAGCAAUUCUGAGAGUUGCCACAUUUCACAACAAGAUAUGAUACUGUCCUGCCAACAAACACAAGUGGACAACACAAGUACUGAGUCACCAGGGGAGCAGCAGCUGGCAAGUAGAGAACCAGUGAAGAUGGAGGCCAAACACAGUUCAGGUUCCAUCACUUAUAAAACAGAAGAUUUACCAGCUUCUUGGCCUACUAAGACAGAGUAUCAGGAAGAAUAUAUUUUUAUCAAAGAAGAAUUUUGAAACCACUUCUGUUUGGAAACUCAUGUAACAGGCCCCUUCACUAGUGCAUUUACAGAGGCUCGUCAUAUAAACAUUCCACAAAUCAUUACACUGAGAUACUUAUUUCAAUAAUGUUUUCUUGGAUUCCAUAGUAUGUUUACUAUUGCUAAUUUCCUUCUCGAAUGUAAACAAACAAAGGGGUGCCACACUGCACAAAACUUGGCGAGCCACUAUAAAUGCUCUAGUGACGGGGACAUUACAUUAUCUGUACAGUACAUGUAUAUUGUCAUGUUAUUCCGAGCUGAUGUUGACAGUAGUGAAUUAUGUAAUCGAUAAUGAUUUAAAAUAUUUUUAUACCUUCACUAAUAACAUUACUCAUUUAUGUGAUAGAGUAUUUGUAUUCUAGAUGAAGUCUUCUGUAUCCAAUGGGGCGGAUACUCAAAUCUACUAAUAAGUUACGCACACGGCAAUCUUAUAACUGACUUACAGCAUUCAAACUUACAACUGCUAACAAUAUUGUAACUCCCCCAUACUCAAAACUAUUUUGCAAUGUAAACAUUGCAGAGUAAGUCUUCAUGCAGGCCAGUUGGUUGGUUACGGUUACUCUUUCAAAACUUGACGACCAAUUACUGGUACAUGUUAAGGAUGUCAGCUAGCUUGAGGUUACGAGAUUUACAAACAAAAGGAGUUUAAAAAGCUGAAAAAAUAUGUACAAUUUCUUAUAAAAAAUAUCAUAUUUUACAUAACGAUUAAAAAACUAGUAGCACAGUUUAUAAUAAACAAAAUUAUGAAAAGUACAAAUGAUAAUAACAGUUGGGUCUGAGUCGGUACAGGGUAUGGCAUAUUUUUUUUUCUAUUGUAAAAAAGGUUAUAUUUCCACGCAUAGUUUAAAAAUUUGAAAUCGAGGAAACAUAGUAGAACUUCAACAAUUGUUCAUCACUUAUGUGAGGGUCCAAAAGGUCUCAGUACCUCCUUUCACGUUGCAAAGCUUGGUCAUUUAAAUAUACAUCAAUCAACUCCAUCUUGCCUGCCAAACAUAAACAAGCACAGUUACUGUUUACAAGAUAAUUUUUAACAGAUUAAAUUUUAUCUUUUAAUAUUAUUUCCAACUGAAAUAAUACAUGAAACUUAUAUUCUGCUGUCUUCUCUGAUAAAAGCAGCUUUAAUGAGAUUUAUCAUAGCUUGGAAGACACAUACUGUACUGUGUAAUCUGGAAAUACUGUACACAUGUACUACGUUAUAUCAGGGUUUAUUCCAUUACAGGAACUCCGAAGGUCCUCUUAAGUUAAAGCCUCCAGAUACAAUACGUGACUCACAAGAUGGCAGAUAUUUUUUUUAUAGUAUCACUACAGAGAGGACUUAGCUACCUCUAGGACCAAUUUACAGAGUCAACUGGGAAAUACUGCACGCACAAUUUUAUACAGUACUGUACGGUAAACAGUAUACUCUUUGAGUACAGGUAUCCGGCCACAGAACUUUAACUCAUUCCAUCUGUGUUGGUGGUUCAAGAACAACACUACUGUUCAGGGAAUAAGAAACUAAAAGAAAAUGUCCUGUUUAACCAAAUUAGAAUAAAGAAAUGUAAGAAAUCAUCUGAUUAAGCAGUGAUAAACAGGAUGAUAAAAGAAUAUGAAUUUUUUCAAACAAAUACUCUACAGCACAAUACAUGUACAAUAGAAUACAGUACUGUACAGUACUUUAAAAACUAGAAAUCACUACCGCAAUUAGGUAACAGUAAUGUAUAUAAUGUCUAAAUUAAGUUUACUUGAAGACAUUUUGUAAAUGGAUGUUUAACAUUACAGAUACAGUUCUUUUAUUUCAAGUAGAAUACAUAAGGCUGUCAGGUGCUUCCCCUGGAUUAGAUUAAAGUACUGUACUGUACUGUAAUGACUCACAUUUGGUAAGAUAUAUCUAACAGGUCAUAUAUCUGAAAUUUACAGCAGGAUACAAUUUCUUUAACCUUUCAAAGUUUGUUAAAUUUAGGCUCCAGCGUAUUCUUUGGGAAAUGUUCUUACUGUGUACAUGAUCGGUAUAAGUCUAUGUGCUGGCUUAUAAAAAUUGUGUACACUGUUGUCUCUUGUUCCUUGACCUCAACAUCCUAACAUGUGUUGGUGAAUGUAUCUUUAAAAAUAAAAGUUUUUCAUUAACC